AUGUGGAAAAGCGAUUUGGCGUGUGGACUAACUUUGUGCUGUAGUAAAAGCAUUAAUCCUCGCCGGGAGAAGUCUGAAGGAGGCAAACAGCACAAGAUGAACUCCUGGAUCCUCGGAAAGAGCGGAUUUAUACAGCAUCAUUACCUCACAUUUGCAUUGACCACAGGUAGUUGUGGUGGAGGUCCAUUUGCAUUGACCCUGACUAUAAGCAGCAGUACGUGA